CAACAUCGAAGCUUAGCAGUCUGCAGUGUCGCCCAUCCAUUUUUGAAGCCGAAUUGUGUUUUGACAUAAUAUUUAAUACUUUAUAGGUUUAGUUAAUUGAUUUACAAAGUUUAUUUUGUUCGGAGUUAUUUUCUUAAGAGCCUUUCAAGAUGACUUGGGGUUUUGUAACGUGCGGGCCUAACGAGGCGUUAGUCGUCUCCGGAUGCUGUUACUCCAAACCUCUGUUGGUGCCUGGAGGGCGCGCAUUCGUGUGGCCGGCCAUCCAGCACGUUCAGCGCAUUUCUUUGAACACGAUGACCCUGCAAGUCGAGUCUCCAACCGUAUACACCAGCCAGGGCGUACCUAUAUCCGUCACUGGUAUAGCACAGGUGAAGAUUCAAGGUCAAAAUGCUGAGAUGCUGCUCUCUGCAUGCGAGCAGUUUCUGGGCAAAAGCGAACAAGAGAUUCAACAUAUAGCCUUGGUUACUCUAGAAGGCCACCAGCGCGCUAUAAUGGGAUCCAUGACUGUCGAAGAGAUAUAUAAAGAUCGAAAAAUAUUCUCGAAAAAGGUGUUCGAGGUAGCUUCAAGCGACCUGAUCAACAUGGGCAUCACAGUCGUGUCGUACACGCUAAAGGACAUACGAGAUGAAGAGGGCUACUUGAAAGCGUUGGGUAUGGCGCGUACAGCUGAGGUGAAGCGUGACGCUCGUAUCGGCGAAGCGGAGGCCCAAGCCGAGGCUAAGAUCAAGGAAGCGAUGGCAGAAGAACAACGAAUGGCUGCCAGGUUCCUCAACGACACCGAAAUAGCAAAAGCUCAGAGAGAUUUCGAACUCAAGAAAGCCGCCUAUGAUGUGGAAGUGCAAACGAAGAAGGCUGAAGCUGAAAUGGCAUACGAACUCCAAGCAGCGAAGACUAAACAACGCAUCAAGGAAGAACAAAUGCAGAUCACUGUUGUCGAGCGCACUCAGGAAAUCGCUGUUCAAAAGUGGGAAGUUCAAAGAAGAGAAAAGGAACUGGAGGCUACAGUGCGCAGGCCCGCAGAAGCUGAAAAGUACAGACUGGAGAAAUUGGCUGAAGCUCAUAAACUAAAAACCGUGCUGGAAGCCGAAGCAGAGGCAGAGGCCGUCAAAGUUCGCGGAGAGGCGGAGGCGUACGCUAUCAAGGCGAAGGCGGUUGCUGACGCGGAACAAAUGGCCAAGAAAGCUGAGGCGUGGAAGGAAUACGGAUCGGCGGCUAUGGUUGACAUGAUGCUCGAAACGUUACCUAAGGUUGCGGCAGAAGUAGCAGCUCCACUGUCCCAAGCCCGCAAGGUCACGAUGGUGUCGUGCGGCGGCGGCGAGGUCGGGGCCGCCAAGCUCACCGGCGAGGUCCUCAACAUCGUGCAAUGUAUCCCCGAACUCGUCAAGGGAGUCACAGGAGUCGAUAUCUCCAAGGCGGUGGUGGAACCGCCGACGCUACCGACGCCGACGGCUCGCGGCGACUCGGCGAGAAAGCAGCGAUAACUCCGUACUAUAUAUUAGACGACUACUUAAUGCUCAUAAAGGGUGUUCGCGCACUUUAAAAGCUGCAUACUACAUAUACCUACCUACCUGCGUUUAUUUUAUUUAUUAAAUGUAAACGUAUUGUUAAGAUAGAUAAGUGAUUAAUUUAUGUGACCUAAGUGCCACUUUUGGAAUAUUCUCUAAAAAAAGAUACCAAAAAGCAAAAUUUAUAAAUUGUAAUGUUUAAUACUUGACUUUCAUACUAUUAUCCUUAAUAUAUUCGUUUUGAUGCUACGUACGCUAGAUCCCAAUAUCCAAUCUGAUAAAAGUACUGGAGACAAAACAAUAAUAUAUUAAUCACUGCAAGAUCUCUAAUUAAAAUUGUAAUUUAUGAAAACUACAAAUAAUCAGUAUUACUGCAAAACCCACCGUAAUAUUUUAUGUUAUGUGGAGGUUAUAAACCCUCUAUCUAUGUUAUCAUAGAUUAAAUAAGUUUUUUACGAUCAAUUGUUUAAAUACGGACGAUAGUUUAUUGGGACCGAGCGCAAGAGAUCAACUACUCUUUUCAGACAUGCAUUCGUUUAAUAUCGCUAUCAGAUUAAGAAGAUACACAACCAGUCGACUCUAUGGUUGUCCAUAGUAAAUACUUAGUAUUACUUUCACGUACAAGGUCUCCCUAUCUAUAUCCAUUAUAGAUGGUCUUUGGAGUCCUUUGUAUGUCUUAUCCAGCUAUGACUGGCAAGUAAGCUUAUCUGAUAGUGGUUGGUUAUUUCAUUUAUAGUUGGAUUGGUUCGCACAGGUCAAACAAAUUAAGUCGUUCCCGAUGCUACUUGUAAUCACCUCUUACGUAAUAAAUAUUAAUAUAUUUUGUAACGUGACUUGUGUAGCCUAGCCAUUAGGAGUGUUAGUUUGGUGUGCUAAUUAGUUACUAGGUCUAUUGUGGGGAUUUUUUUUUAAAUCUCAAAAUGGUGUCAUUUUUGUAACAUAUUAGCACAAAUAUUUUAAUUGCAUGAUCGUUUUUUUCUUUUUUGUUAUUAGAGGACAGUUUUCCCCGGUACCGACCAGAUCGAACAAUUCCUGUAGUAAUAAUUAGCACGUCAAGCCAAAGAUAUUAAAUUAUUUUUUUAUUUGAGUAGGGCAAGUAACAACUUUGUACAAGUGUAUAGCGUACAAUAAUAAAUACAAUUUAUGACCAAAACGCCUAGUUUUUCUCAAGGUAGAAAAUUACAAAUGACUGUUAUACAAAAAUAAUACCUAUAUUUUUUUAAUUAGCUAAACUGUCGUUAGGGUAUAUGAAAAUUUUUGGUGUUCAAGAAGUGCAGUUUAGAAAUUCUAAUAGUAAUUGUAUUAAAAGUUCGUAGACAUUAUUGAUGUCUUUUUCUAUAAUUAAAUAAAUAUGUCGGUGGUAUUUCACUAAUUUGUAUGAAAGUUAAUGUUACUAAAUUAGUUAAAGCCCUUUUUGGUCACCUAGUCAAUUUUUCCACAUUUUCAAAUGUUACAUUGUUAUUAUUGCGUAUGUGUACAUACCCACUGUUUAAUUUAUCAAUUACUUUUUUUUCUACCUUGUAACCGUCUCUAUAUUUAGAGCUAUGAUAAGAUUAUAGUUCAUUCGUAAUACUGCGUUCGGUUCAAAAAGCUUCUGUUAAAAUUUGUAAUAUUGAGAGUGUUGCCAUAUAGCCAUAUUUAAUAAUGAAUAGCAAAAUUGUAUCUGCCUUUCCCUUGUGGGUUUGUAUUUUUAAGCUUACUUGCAAUAUUAAAAUGUUAAGAGCAAUGUUGAAUCUCUCUUUUUAGUCUAAUCGAUAGUGGCAGUAUCUUACUUUUUGACUCGACUAAAGAAAUAGAAUCACGCAGUCUUCACUACUGCGUUGUGAACAAUGAGAGGAUGUGAUGUUUAUAACUUCUCUACCUCUAUAUAAAUUCCCAAAAACUUACAACAAUAAACUACAAUAAUAAUGUACCUCCUUGAUAUUAAUUAAGGAUCGAAAUAAUUACCUAUCUAUUUUAUUUACAACAGUCUUGGCUCUAGUGCCAUAUUAUAAUAGUACAAGGUUUAUUUUAUAUUUUAUCACAAAGUUUAAUUAGAUUUAAGAUUAAUCGCAAGAAAGAACAUUUUUUGGAAUUAAUGCAUUUAUUAUAUAUUUAUAUGCUUAUAUUUUUGUCUGAUUAUUAUUUAAAUGUAAUAAGUGUUUGUCACGACUAGCAAAUACCAUUGAUUAUAGAUUGAAUAUAUUUCACCGCAACAUAAAAGUGGUAAACUAUAAUAUAUUGCUUUAUAAUGUUAGUUACCUUAAUAUACCUACGUUUGUGUUAUAUACUUGUCUUGUGUUGUGAGGCGGUGGCUAAACUUAUGUAAACAAGUCACACGACUUUCUUUUAUGCAUAUUGUGGCCUCAAAUUACAUAACGAAACAUUUUCUGAGACAGUCGCGCUGGUUUUAGUUUACAUAAAUGUAGUUGCCUCUAUUUAUAUGCAAGGUGGUGGAAAUAUGAUUAAGCUGGCUAUGUAUAACGGUUCGUGCAUGAAGUCGUAAACACUUGUAUCUGUCGUAAAUUGAUGCACUGAGAGUGG